AUGGCCCCAGCAGCGCUGUCGCAGAGCGCUGCCGCGGAUGAACCCAGUUCCUGGCGGGCGAGAUGCGAACAGCGCAAGGAGGACUAUAUUCGGUCCAUCAAUGCGCAAGACGUCUGCACGCUGGCGUCGUACUAUGGCGCCGGCCAGCCCUGUGCCGAGUUCCGAGAGCGCAAGCGAGGCAGCUACAAUAUUUGCUACUUUCUCGAGUUUCCCAAUGAUCAAACAAGAUGGGUGGUGCGGUUCCCGCUCACGCCUGUGCUCCAAGACGCCCAUCGCAAGCUAGACUGUGAGAUUGCAACAAUGGAGUACGUCAUUUCGAGGACCACCAUUCCCGUUCCUCGCGUGCGCGCACAUGGCUACUCUGGGGAGCGCGGGCCGAGCAAUCCGACGGGGAAAUGCUUCCUCAUUAUUGACUAUAUUCCCGGCGAGCCACUGAGUCAAUGUUCGCUCAAUGACACGAGUGAGGAGAGCCGCGGCAGGUUCUACGCAGACCUCGCCGGGUUCUACUCACAGAUGCGCGGCUUGGAGUUUGACGCCGCUGGCGCAUUGGCACUCGGCGCAGACGGCGCUUUUGGAAUCACGGCUCCGCUGUCCAUGGACAUUGCCGCGAUAGGCCUGCGCGGGAUGGAAUCUCAUGCGCAAUUCCAGGCGACCAGCAACAUGGAUCGAUACGCGCGCCAGCUGUACUCGCUUCUGCUUCGACGCGCCGCGGACCCCAUCCCGGAGAUGGAGCUUCUUGACGUGCAGUAUCUGGUCUUUGCGCUGCAAGACUUCGAACAUCGAAUGCGGGAGUUCACAUCCUCGAGCCACCGACAGAAGUUUGUCCUGGCGCACGGCGAUUUGCAGCCGUCAAAUAUUAUAUUAGGUGAGGACUACAGCAUCAAAGGCAUCAUUGACUGGGAGUGGGCUGGCACAGUUCCGGUUCCUUUCUUUGUCCCUCCUCUGUGGCUUGGAAAGAAUGUUGCACCGGUGGCCAACGACAAUGACUUCAGGGACUCGUUGUCCAAAAUUCACAGUGCCCUCGUGGCCAGCGGCUCGAAGCUGGCGACCGAGUGGCCCGCAGAUAUGCACAAUUCUGCAGACUACUUCAUUCCUGCUGCACUUUUAAAUCAGCACUUUUUCAUGACCAUUUACUAUACCCAGCUGUUUCCGCUUUACUUUGGCGAGGCGAAGCAGCAUGUCAAGGUUCGACAAUUCUUUCGAGAUGAUGGCCCAGAUGGCAUUCACAAUCGCCAAGUGGGCUGCUUGAUGCGAGCGGCAGGGCAUCUGCAUCCUUUUCGCAAAUGCGCUUCCGUGACCAACCAGCCUUCAUUCAACACAACCACGCCGGCAUACGAAGCAGACAGCAGCACAAUGGCCAGCUUGAAAAGACGCGCCGAGGAGUCGGCUCCCGCAAAGACGAAUAAAAAGAAGCGCAAGAGCAAAUUCCAGGUCGAAGAUGAGUCGCUCGACACCGAGCUGGGUCUCAACACGCUCUUCUCACGAAUGGACAAUCAGCUACUAGCCGACUACUUGGCGCAAAAGAUUAGCAGAUUUGGGACCGAUCUUAGUCCUGUAGAAGUAUCCGACAUGACCGUCUCCACAACCGCCAUCACAGACUCCACUGGCUUUACGGAACAAAGGACUCUGGAGAAGCUCCCGGAUUUUCUCGGGCAUUUCUGCAAAAACCCAGAUAGCUUGGCAAAGGCGUCGAAAAAGAUGGGAAACCCUCAUUCCAUCAUCGUCACUGGCGCUGGGCUGCGCGCUGCCGAUAUUGUCAGAGCACUCAGAAUAUUCGCUUCCAAGGAUAUCGCGGUGGCAAAGCUUUUUGCAAAGCACAUGAAGGUCGAUGAGCAAGUGGCACUCCUGAAGAAGCUGCGCGUGAGCAUCGCCGUGGGCACUCCUGCACGUCUAUCCGAACUUAUUGAUAACGCGAGAAUUCGCAUCUUUGCCGAUGCUGCCUGGUACUUUGCUUUUUUGGCGCAUGUCGCCCGGCCAGCCGCUGCCAGGCCGCUGGAGUCUGCCUUCCCCACGGCAGCUGCCAGUCAAGCACCUGCUGUAGAUUCCCCAGCGUGCGCUCGAGACUGCACCAAAUCUCUUAUGCAAGAGUAUUCUACUACCGACUUAGCAAACAUAUGUAACGACGUGGCGAAGCAACGAUCUCUGUUCCUUUGCAUAUUUGGCUCAUGCCCAUCACUACACUAUGGUCCCGCACUUGCCACUGCUAUCCUGUCCUGCUACGAUCGAGGAGCAAACAUCAGCCCCCUCCUUCCAGUCGAAAUUCAAUCUGAGAAGCUCUUGAGCCGUCAGGUGUCGCCGGACUACGAUGUUUCCGAGUCCCUUACAGAGUUGGAAACUGUACAAGACGCUGUUAUUGACCGCAAACUUACACUCGCUCUCGCUUGCAAUGCUGGCCCCGAUGGUGUGGUGACAGUUUCUCUAUCUUCUCCAUCAACCUUUGCCAGCCAUAUUCCUGAAAUUUCGGGGUUCCGGCCAGGUCCGUUCGGCCCUUCUCCCUCAGAAGGCUUAUCAGAAUCGGCGGGCCCGACUAUGACUCAACUUCAAGGACGGCCACCUCUACCCAGCGGUGAUGGUGAUCAUUUGACAGUCAAUGAACAAGGCGGCCAGACUGGACAACGUGGGCAAGCCAGGCCUGAUGCUGCAAGCGGGGUGGAUCGUGAUUACGGAACAACGUCCACUUCCUCUACCGCGGAAUCAAGCUCCCCACGCUCAAAGAAUUGCGGCUGUGCAGAAGAAGCAAAGUCGACGACUUCGCAAAGUACCAGUACCCGCCAGGCUACUGCUGAACAGGUCUCGACGCCCACGACCGCCACAAGCACUACUUCUCAUCGUACCACGACGUCACCAUGUGCUGGAUCAUCUGCGGCUGCUGUAACUUCGACAAAAGAAACAUCAUCGUCCACGUCGAGUACCUCGACCACUUCAAGUACCUCGACAACUUCAAGUAUCUCAUCAAACACCUCGUCGACUUCAAGCACCUGGUCGACGUCCAAGACUCCGUCAUGCGAAACAUCCGAAUCCAUCACCAAGCAUACGACAAAGACCAGCACAACGUCUACGCCUUGCUCCGGAGAAAGCACCUACGGAGGAAAUAUGCAUAUUCCCAUGAUUCCUGCCCAAAGGUCGUUCUCCAAUACUACUGUAACCGAGCCUAUGACCUCUACACUGUCUUCAGGCCCAGUCUCUGAGACAACCUCGAGCUCUAGCUGCGAUACAAUGUCGUCCUUGUCAACAGUGGAGGCCUCUGCAGUCUCAAGUACUUUGACCACAAUUUCUUCGAUCAAUUCGUUGAAAUCUUCAACUACGUCUUCAAUCACGUCCUCUUCGACGUCCUCAGCUGCGUCCACAACUAGCUCCACGGACUCUACAUCGUCGGCCUCAACAUCGUCGACCUCAACAUCGUCGGCCUCAACAUCGUCGCUCAAGGACGUGAGAACCUCCAACGAAGCUGAGAGUGCCUGUUCCACCUCUUCAUCAUCCAAAUCUACCACUACAUCAUCCUCAACUACACUAAGCACAUCCCAACGGCGCGCAGGAUCACACACUGCUGAGCCACAGGCUUACACCAAGGAGCCUUUGCCUCAAGCCUACGAUACCUUUACGCCUAUGCCUCUGCCUUCUUACAUUGACGCUGCUCCUCCUCAAUAUGACGCCGGUGCGUCGAUGCAAGCCGAGCCCACUACGUCGCAGUCAAAGUCAAAGUCGGGUGCAUCUAGCACAUCAAGUGUUUCUACCUCGACAUUACUAUCGUCUAUUGUGUCAAGCACCGCAAAAGACGCAAUAUCAUCCUAUGGGUACAACUUUCCAGCCAGAACUGAAACAGCGACACCGACUCCAGGAGCAUCAACACCAGAGGCCAAGUCGUCUCGGACUGCUUCAAGAGAGGAACGCCCCGACGGAGCUACGUCGUUUCUUUCCUCUGACCUCGGUCAUGAGGUGGAGAACACAGCCAGCAGCGAAAGCAAGAGCUCAAUACCAGGCAUUGAAACAGUGCCACUGCCAACCAAGAGCUCUGCGACGACAACAAAGCAGACUUCUGUAACCACACAGGCAUUGCCCAUUGGGGGCGGACCACCGGGUCUUUUUGUCACAAUAAUUGAGCCUGACGCAGCGGGGAACCUUGAGACAUCCAUCCUCACAGUUUCGGAACAGUCGCCUUGGCAGACCCCUAUGGCAAGAGCAGAGAAUGAGGACGAUAAACCUUUGCAUGCACGGGUAGAUGCCCAUCGAGUGGGCAUUCCAUCAAAAGUCACACCGGAAGAUAUCGAUACACCAGCCACUACAAUGAUGUUAGUCAAUGCUAGCAACCGCACGUCGGUACUCACGGGUGCCAUGCCAAAUGCAACGGAGACCUCAGCAGACGUCAUAGAGAUGACCACCCCAUCAAACAUAGCAGUGGUGUCGUCUGCUUCAGCUGUGAACUAUUAUCUGGGCUGUCUUGCCCCUUUUUUCCUGGGCUGGAUUAUCACCAUGUAG